AUGUGGGUGUUAGUGGUGUGGCUAUUUAUGCUGCAGCCUCACAUUAUGUGCGAGGCUCACGUUGUUCGGUGUGGGAUCCGAGAUCCCCAGCCUACAGUGUUUGACUAUUAUCAGUCAGGAGAUCACUUCAUUGGUGGCAUUGCUACUCAGUCUUACAUCCUCGCAAGCUCGACGGAGUUCCAUCAACCCCCCUCUCAGGAAAAGAAUGAAGAACGCCUUCUUGUGACAAAGAAUUAUCAGCAUGUCUUGGCCUUGGUAUUCGCUAUAAAGGAGAUCAAUGAAAAUCCCAAGAUUUUGCCCAAUAUCACUCUGGGAUUCCAUAUCUAUGACAGCUGCUUCUAUGCCAGUAGGAUUUAUCAAGUCACACUGCAGCUCAUUUCUACAAGGAGAAGAUCUAUUCCUAACUACAAAUGUGAUAUCCAGGACAAUCUAAUUGCAGUCAUUGGGGGAUGUCGCUCUGAAACCUCCUCUAAGAUAGCAAAUGUUUUGGGCAUCUACAACAUUCCACAGCUUGUGUAUGGAUUUGCUUCAGGGAUGACUGAUAAAACACAUGGAUUUUCCAUCUAUGGGAUAGUCCCAAAGGAAGCCCUCCAGUACCUAGGGAUAGUCCAGUUGCUUCUUCAUUUCAAUUGGAUGUGGACGGGGUUCAUUGCUGACAAUAAUGAAAAUGCAGAAAGAUUUGUGCGUAAAAUGCUUUUAGUGUUUCUCCAGAGGGGGAUCUGCCUUGCCUUCAUGCAGAUAUAUCCUGACUUAGGGUUUGAAAGUGCUGUUGUAGAUAUGGUCAAAUGGAUGGAAGAAACAUAUGAGAAAGUCAUGAACAGUGCAGCCAACGCAGUAAUAUUUUAUGGAGAGUCUGGCUCAAUGAUAGUUUUGAGAAAUUUGCUCUGUGUGCCAGAAAUGGAAGAAACAGUCCCAAAGCCAAAAUGUAAGGUGUGGAUUCUGACAGCUCAAAUAGAUUUGAUAUUAUCUGACUACCAGAGAAGUUUGGAUAUACAAUUCAUCCAUGGAGCCCUGUCCUUUGCAAUUCAUUCCAGUGAACCGCAAGGGUUUGAAGAAUUUGUUGGGAGCAGAAACCCACUGAAAGCUAAAGAAGAUGGUUUUAUCAAGGACUUCUGGAGAUACAACUUUGACUGUGAAUUUCUCAACGAAGUUCCGGGUGAGGGGAAGGGGUAUAUUUGCACUGGGGCAGAGAAGUUGGAGCGCCUUCCUGGGGCUUUUUUUGAAAUGAGGAUGACAGGAUAUAGCUACAACAUCUACAAUGCUGUCCAUGCUGUGGCCCAUGCAGUACAUGCUAUGUAUCUGUUCAAAUCCAAAAGCGAAUCAGUGAUUUCAGGAGAGAAAAGGAACCAUCUAUAUCUGCAGCCCUGGCAGCUGUGGCAACUCCAUCCGUUUCUGAAACGCGUCUCCUUUAACAACAGUGCUGGAGACAAGGUUUCCUUUGAUGAGAAUGGGGAAUUAGAAGGAGGAUUUGAUGUUAUCAACUGGGUCACCUUCCCAAACCAAUCUUUUGUUAGAGUGAAAAUUGGCAAAAUGGAAUUCUGGGCUCCUCCAGACCAAGUGCUCACCAUCACUGAUGAAGCCAUUGUGUGGCACAAAGGAUGUAACCAGGUACAGCCCCUUUCUAUGUGCAACGAAAAAUGCCAUCCUGGCUACAGAAAGAAAAUAAAGGAAGGGGAACCAUUCUGCUGCUAUGAUUGUAUCCCAUGCCCAGAAGGGAAGAUAUCAGACAAAGGUGACAUGGCCGACUGCUUUCAGUGCCCAGAGGACUGUUAUCCUAAUGCGGACCAGAGUUUCUGUUUUCAAAAAGUUGUAAGCUUCCUCUCCUGCGAAGAAAGUUUAGGUGUCAGUUUAGCCGUUGGUGCUCUUUCAUUUUCUUUCAUCACAGUGCUGGUAUUAGGAACAUUUGUGAAGCACCACGAGACUCCCAUCGUCAAAGCCAACAACCGGAGCCUCACCUACACUCUUCUCAUCUCCCUCCUGCUUUGCUUCCUUUGUGCUUUGCUAUUCAUCGGCCCACCAGGGGAUGUGAUAUGUCUCCUCCGACAAACCUCCUUUGGCAUCAUCUUCUCGAUCGCUGUUUCUUCUCUGCUGGCAAAAACCAUCACUGUGGUUCUGGCUUUCAUGUCUACCAAGCCAGGAAGUAAUCUGAGAAAGUGGGUGGGGAAAAGACUGGCCAACUCCAUUGUUGUUUUCUGUUCUCUUAUUCAAGUAGGCCUCUGUACAGUGUGGCUGGUAAUCUCUCCCCCAUUCCCAGAAACUGAUAUGCAUUCAGUGACUGAAGAAAUUAUACUGGAAUGUAAUGAGGCAUCACCUACCAUGUUUUACUCAGUCCUGGGCUACAUGGGCUUCCUGGCCAUUGUUAGCUUCACUGUAGCUAUUCUUGCCAGGAAAUUGCCUGACAGUUUUAAUGAAGCCAAAUGUAUCACUUUCAGUAUGUUGGUCUUUUGUAGUGUUUGGCUGUGCUUUGUUCCAACCUACUUGAGCACAAAAGGGAAAUACAUGGUAGCUGUGGAGAUCUUCUCUAUCUUAGCAUCCAGUGCUGGGCUACUGAGCUGCAUCUUUGUUCCUAAAUUAUACAUCAUUGUUUUGAGACCUGAGCUCAACAUCAAGGAACAGCUAAUAAGCAGAAAAGCUUGA